CCAAUAGCUUUUUGUAGUUUCCCUCCUUUUACUCUUCUGUUGAGGAAAAAAGGAGGGAUUUUCACCCUGUAACCACACUUUCAAAGUGAGGUCUCAGAGAAUCUGUAUUUGUAUGGAAGAAUUGUAACGGCCAGAGACGCUGGGCAAAGCUUUGAACCAUGGAACAAUUUGAUUGUGUCGUCAUCGGAGCAGGAUGGUACGGCCUGGGCGCCGCCAAGCAGUAUCACUGCAUCAAUCCAAACGAGUCCCUCGUCGUCUUCGAGUCCGAAGGUGAUCUGGGAGGCACCUGGGCGUCGCACCGCAUCUACCCAGGCGUCAAAAGCAACAACCUCUUGGGCACCUACGAGUUCCCGGACUUCCCCAUGGACCCCGACACCUUCGAUAUCAAGCCCGGCCAGCACCUGCCCGGCCACACGAUCAACAAGUACCUCAAGGCCUACGCGGCCGAGUUCGGCAUCUCCAACCUUAUCCGGCUGAACACCAAGGUCACGGUCGCUGAGCACCAGGAGGAGACGGCCGAAGGCGGGUGGGUUCUGACGGUGGUGUCCGGGGACCCGGCGAAGGAGACCAAGGUGUUCGCGCGCCGGCUCAUUGUCGCGACCGGUCUUACCUCCGAGGCGUUCCUCCCGCACUUUGAGGGACAGGAGACGUUCGGCGGGAGGAUCUUCCACGGGAAGCACUUUUUGCAGAACAAGGACACGAUCGAGCCGGGGAAGACGGUGGCGGUGUUUGGAGGCACCAAGUUCGCCUUCGAUGCCGUCUAUGCCUACGCGAGCGCUGGCGUCAAGGUGAAUUGGGUGAUCCGAGCAUCCGGUCAUGGACCGUGUUGGAUCUCACCAUCAUACGUUACACCACUCAGGAAGUGGAUUGAGCAACUCGCCAACAUCCGCUUUCUCACAUGGUUCAGUCCAUGCAUAUGGAGCCAGGCCGGCGGAUAUACGGGCGUUCGCCGCUUUCUCCAUGGCUCGGCUAUCGGUCGCUUCAUCGUGGAUUCAUUCUGGUCCAUCCUAGGCGGCGACGUCUUGUCCCUGAACAACCUGGACGCGCACCCGAAGACGGCGAAGCUCAAACCCUGGCUCAACGCCAUGUUCGUUGGGGCCAGUUUCAGCAUCCUAAACUACGAGACCGAUUUCUGGGAGCUCGUCAAGGGCGACAACGUAGACGUGUACAUCGCCGACCUCGACCACCUGAGCCCGGGCAAAGUGCACCUCACCGACGGCACGGCGCUCGACUCGGACGCGCUCCUGGCGCACACGGGCUGGAAGCACGUCCCGCCCAUCAAGUUCCUCCCCGAGGGCAUCGAAAAGGAGCUCGGCCUCCCCCACACGCCCGCCGCCUCGUCCGCCGCGCCCGCCUCGGACCUCGCGAACCAGCAGGCCCUGGUCGACAGGGCGGACGAGGACAUCACGCGGCAGUUCCCGCGGCUCAAGCACCAGCCCGUCUGGAACAAGAACUACGUGCCCAUGACGGACCAGAAGGGCAUCAGCGCGGCGCCGGACGAGGAGGUGACCCCUUACAAGCCCCUCACGGCGUGGAUGCUGUACCACUUCGUUGUCCCGGCGUCGGAGCGGCUCCUGAGGACGCGCGACAUCGCCUUCGUCGGCAUGGUGAGCAACUUUAGCAACAUCAUCACGGCGCACCUGCAGGGCCUGUGGAUCAGCGCGUACUUUUCGGGCCGUCUCGCGCGGGACCCCGCGGCAGCGGUGGGGGAUGAUGCGGCGAUGGCGAAGUUGCGGUACGAGGCGGUGUUGCAUAAUCGGUUCGGCAAGUGGCGGUAUCCCGUCGACUGGGGCGAGAAGACGCCUACCUUCAUCUUCGACGCGGUUCCGUUUCUCGAUCUCCUUCUGAGCGAUCUUGGGCUGUCGAUGCACCGGAAGGGCGGGUCGUGGUCAGAGAUUUGGAGCCCAUAUGGUCCUCGGGACUAUAAGGACGUGAAUGACGAGUGGGAGCUCAAGUAUGGAGGAGGAAAGCAGGUUUGACUGGCCAUGGUUCCCCGGCUCUCCACAGUGAUGGUAAAACGGGACAUCAGGGAGAUACAUGCUCUGGUUCUGGUCCGAGGAUGUCUGGCGGCAUCUCGGAAGGGGGUCUUGAGAGAAGCCGACGCGAAGUGCAUGGUCGAAUGAUAAGAUCCAGAGAACCCACGCAGGACGCAGGAGGAACCAGCCCCCGAAUCUGCUUGCAAAAAUCGACGCUAUUCCCACUUGAUGCUCCGCAUCCGCUGCCAUCUCCGCUUGCUUGCUCCACUGUGCUCCGUGGCCUGUCAAGGCACUUGGUUCCUUUGAUCCCCGCUCUUUGGGGUUUCGGAGCCGAAAGUACGGAGUACCUGUAGUGUAGUUCACGAAAUUUGACUGGGCCCGAGGUUCAGUCCCUGUAGAAAUUCAAUGAG